UUUUGCUUUCUAAAAAGUUAAAAAUUUGCAAGUCCUUGUGAAACUCGAACUCGUAUCAUAAGCCCCUUGGUUUACACUAGAACUUGUUUCCUCGAUCUGGUGGUGAUUGGUGAUUGGUCUCCCUCUUUCUUCGAAUCUUAACCAUGACGACACUCUGAUUCCCGCCACUAGGUUUUAUCAUCUUUUUAAGCCAACUCAGUUGAAGAUCCAAUCUGUUAUUGAAACAUCUUGACUAUAACCAGGAAAAAUGGAUGGUUCUAAUAGAGGGAACGCUGGCGCUGAUGUGUUUUUACCUAAUUAUAAACUUGGGAAAACUUUAGGAAUUGGUUCGUUUGGUAAAGUGAAAAUUGCAGAGCAUGCACUGACUGGACACAAAGUUGCCAUUAAAAUUCUUAAUCGGCGGAAAAUAAGGAGCUUGGAAAUGGAGGAAAAAGUUAGACGAGAAAUCAAAAUACUGAGGUUGUUCAUGCACCCUCACAUUAUAAGACUUUAUGAGGUCAUAGAGACCCCCAGUGACAUAUAUGUUGUAAUGGAGUAUGUGAAAUCUGGAGAGCUGUUUGAUUACAUCGUAGAGAAGGGUAGGUUGCAGGAGGAUGAAGCCCGAAACUUUUUUCAGCAGAUUAUUUCUGGGGUGGAGUACUGCCACCGGAACAUGGUAGUUCAUCGAGAUCUUAAGCCUGAGAACCUGCUUUUGGAUUCAAAGUACAAUGUGAAAAUUGCUGAUUUUGGGUUGAGCAAUAUCAUGCGUGAUGGUCAUUUCUUAAAAACAAGUUGUGGAAGCCCGAACUAUGCUGCCCCUGAGGUAAUAUCUGGAAAACUAUAUGCUGGGCCUGAGGUCGAUGUCUGGAGCUGUGGUGUUAUCCUGUAUGCUCUUCUAUGUGGUACUUUGCCCUUUGAUGAUGAAAACAUUCCUAACCUGUUCAAGAAAAUAAAGGGUGGAAUUUAUACGCUACCAAGUCAUUUAUCAGCUGGAGCAAGGGAAUUGAUCCCGAGGAUGCUUGUGGUUGAUCCCAUGAAGCGAAUGACCAUUCCUGAGAUCCGUCAGCAUCCAUGGUUCCAAGCUCAUCUUCCACGCUAUUUAGCUGUUCCUCCACCAGAUACAAUGCAACAGGCAAAGAAGAUGGAUGAAGACAUUCUUACAGAAGUUAUUCAGAUGGGAUUUGACAGGAACCAAUUGAUUGAAUCUCUUAGCAACAGAGUUCAAAAUGAGGCAACUGUUGCAUAUUAUUUGUUGCUGGACAAUCGGUUUCGACCUACCAGCGGCUAUCUAGGAGCUGAGUUUCAGGAAUCCAUGGAAAACAAUGUCACUCCUGUGCAACAAAUCCCAGUAUAUAUGGAUCACCAGGGUCUUGGUUUAAGACAACUCCCUGUAGAGAGAAAAUGGACUCUUGGACUUCAGUCAGGAGCUCAUCCUCGCCAGAUAAUGACUGCGGUUCUCAAUGCUUUGCAAGAACUGCAGGUGGGAUGGAAAAAGGUUGGACACUACAACAUGAAGUGCAGGUGGCUUCCUCGCUUUUCUGGUCACAACACUGAUGGCACGGUUAACAAUUCCGCGCAUGGUAACAACUUCUUUGAAGAUUAUUCAACUACAGUCAAUAAGGAUAGCGUUUCCAGUGAAUCAGUUAACGCUGUCAAAUUUGAAGUUCAGCUAUACAAGACUCGCGAGGAGAAGUAUCUGCUUGAUCUACAAAGAGUAACCGGACCACAAUUUCUAUAUCUGGAUCUUUGCGCAGCUUUUCUUGCUCAGCUCGGGGUCCUCUAAAAGAUUUGAUGACUCUUGGGUUGGAGAGUAGAACUUGUAUAUAAGAGGAGUAGUAAUAGUCCUCAUCCUAUGUACUUAUUAUGACUGAAGGGCUAAAACUUUCCGUAAGAUGAUUCCUUUACUUAGUGAAUCAAAGUUGUCAGUGUUAAGAUUGGCGUAAACUAGUAAAGUUAUCUUUUAGUGUUACAAUGCUUGGGUAAAUGUUAGAAUUUUCCCAACGGUGAUGCCGAAGUAUUUGUACUAUUUUGAUACGUGGCACAGUUUCUGAGUUGGUAACACAUUUUCUUUUCUUGGAAGCUUGAGAGGGGUUUUAAGUGAUUCCCAAACUCUGGAGUGGAGACUUGAUCUGCCAAGGAGUCAGGAUCCUGCCCCAGUUGGUUAGUUGGUAACACACAUUAAUCACAAUUAUUGUCGAUGUGUGCACGUCGCACGUACGUUCUUCUGACUCCGUGUUUGUUUGGAUUUUUUUCUUUUAGAAAUAAUAAGGGAGAGUUUAUUUUGUUUGAUCA